UUGCAGGUUCUUGUCCUUUUUCUAAUACUUCUAUUGUGCAGUUUGUGUUUAAAAUUUAAAACUAUGAUCAAACCUCUCAUAUUUAUCUUUAUAAUUCUUACAUUGGCUUUCAUUCUCAUGGCUUUCGUUACGUUUUUCCAUUUCUUCUAUGGAGUUAUUGAUUAUAAUGGAUUGUGUAAAGAUAGUACAAGAAUAAAAGCGGAUAGUUUCAUUUAUUCGAUGCACAAGCAAUGCACGGACAAUCAGAAUGUAUACAAUUUAUUGACAGACAAUCAUUGGAUAAUCAGUUUAUCUGAAUGGGAUACCAUCGAUGAAACUGAAAUAAUUGACGAUUGCAAGGACACUUGCACCAUUUUGGAUCGGGAAUGUAUAAAAAAAGUGCUUGAAUAUGAAAAGAAUUAUCCAAAAAAAAAUUUUUGUGAAUAUGACGCAUUAAACCAAUCGUGGCUAGAUCUCAUCAUUGACAAGAGUAUAGCCAAUAAUAAAAAUAGAACGCUUUGCCUUUUGGAUAUGGCAAAAAAAGGGACAGAAGUUUCAAAGCUGCCUCCAGAAGACUAUACACGGUGCACUACUGGUUAUAAAGCGGGUAAACAAUUUUCCAAAUCGUUACAAGCUGCCUACGAUGAAUCAAAUUCGUUGUGUGAAACUACUGUUCGCUCUUGUGAGGCAUAUGGAAGAGAAAUCUCACACAUCGUUGAGGAUGUAAUUGCGUUUAAAACAAAUUCUGAAAACAAGCUUAAGCAAGUGCUUGGACCCUGUGAUGUUAUGCUUAGCUCUGCAAGGACAAAACAAAAAGAGUUCUGUAACUGUGAAUCGUACAUAUUGGUGUGAGUUAUAUCUUAUGUUUAUGUUCCCUUUUUGACUAUGUUACCGUUAACAUAUAUAAAUAAAAUGUAUACCGUUGGAAAGGAGAAAACAUGUAGAACGGCACAACUGGAUCACAGGUAAAAAUGCGUUGGCGCAAAUUCGGCGACUACACAACUACAAGCGCGGUGGCGCGUUACAGAAAUCGCUGUUCUGUAUAAGUGGCAAAUACAUAUAUCGAACAAUUGUGUAACGUUUAUUGUUUACGGCGGAUUUGUGGUUGCGAUUGUUUUUCAUUUUUAAUUGUGUUUGGACUUUGAGUGUUGCAAUACAAGCUAAAUUCUGUUAGGGAAUGAACGCGAUCAAUUGUAUCAGAAUGUUGAAUUUCUUCAGGAUAAGGUGCUGUAUUUGCGGAUUCCUAUGCUGAAAUUGCGGAUUCCUAUGCCGAUAACUUUUUUGUUGAAAAGAUUUCAAAAUGGCGCAUCAGUUCGAGACUUCAUUGAUACCUACGUGGCCACAUAUGACAACAAAUUCAAAUUGACCGAUUUGAUUCGAUUGUUCAUUCAAGGAAGAUUUAAGCAAAAACUAGAAACAGAAGAAAUGAUUUAGCACGAUAAUCUUUAUAUAUAUACUUCUUCUGUGCGUGUGUAUGUCACUGAACUCCUCCUAGACGGCUGGACCGAUUUUGAUAAAAUUUUUUGUAACGGUGUAUGGGUUGGCAGUAUUUUAUUCCUAUUGGGCACACUUUUGGCUCUCCUGCUAUUGCCAUGCUUACUGUGUCUGUUCGUCAAAUGUAGCGAAGAUGAUUGUAUGAUUUCAAGAAGAGAUGGAGAAAGCGAUGAUAGCGAUGAAUUGGCCCAUUCAAUAGUAUUGCCAGCAAUAACACUACCAAAGCAUGUAAUAAACUCUCUACAGGAAAAUCCCCGUGUUAACUACAAAGUUAAGAAAAUCAAUUAAUCUGGAAGCAUUUAAGUGAUUCGUGAAAAUAAAAAAUCUGGUAAAAGAGCACAACAAGCCGAAAACGAAAAAUAUAUUUAGAAUUUGCGCUUCGUUAGACACUUCUCGGCGCGCUUUUUAAGCUUUGCUAUCUUGUCAAAAACUCUACAGUGGAGCACUCCAACAAAGUUAUUCAGUUGAAUAGAAACCAAGAACGUUUGUUGAUAUUUCAUCAAGCCUCAUUAUAUUCCAACUCAAUUUGUUUAUGUUUGUUUCGUCAUUCUCUUAAUUUUAGGCCAGAAAACCUUUAUUAAACCUGUAUGUCAUAAUGUUCACGAAAUAUACCAUUAAUUAUUUGCUUUGGUACUUUCAUCCAAAAAAAUUAAUUGGCCGGAGUCUAAAACAGCACAACAGAGGUUGUCAAAACAAGUUUUUAUUAUAUUACCAAAGUAAAGCAUGGAUUAUUUAAAAAUGGGACUUUAACCUUUCAUUAGACCUCACAUCCCACAAAUCUGUUGAACAUAAACUGAUAAAGGAUCCAUACGUUCAUUUGACUUUUCAAUGGAUAGCUAAAGUAUUAAAUGAAAUUCAUAGUACAAUUUUAGAGAAAAGAUAAGGAAUAAAUUUUCCUUGAUUGUGCACUUGUUGAAACCUAUAUAUAUACCAUAUGUACCAUGUCGUUUCAAACGUAACCGUUGUGCGAUAACUUUGUCGAGAGAGGUUUGGUAUUUUUUCGUCUAAAUAAUCAUAUUAGGGCAAAAAUGAUACUAAAAAUUGUUUAUUUAUUCGAAAAAUACAUUCUGGCUAAACUGGUGGUUUCUAUUUCGCGGAAGUAUGUUCGUGUUUAAGGUAUGACUACCAAAAAUUAUAAAAUCUUGUGAAAGCAAUUGCAGCUAUAUCAGUAAGUACGUAUUUUUGAGCGACAAGUUCGAAUUGAGUUUAUAAAAACGCUUUGCUUCAGCUUGCUUAUACUCGUAUAAGAAAACAGUUUGUGCAAGUAUGUAUGUACACACAGCUUGAGUGUUCUUUUCAAUUACGUUUCACAUGUUGCUCUCUGAUUGAAUGUUAAAAUGAUAUCUGAAAUGUGUGAGCAUUGAAAAAAGUAGCAUUUCAUUAUUUUCAGAUAAAAUUUUCACGACAAUAUUUUGUGCGGGAUUUUCUUCUAACAAAUCAUUUAUAAAAACUUUAUCAUUACUAAAUUCAAAACGUUUAUAUAUAUAGAAAUAUAUUAACUAUCGAAGUUUUAAAAAUUAUAUAUUUUAAAAUAAAUUCAAGAAUACUGCGAAAUUGCUUGGGAUCCUCAAUAUUUUUUAACUGAAAUACGUAUAUUGCAAGAGUUAUGCCCUCGGACACUCAGAAUUGUUUACCGAAGCCGAUAUUUAAAGGGUUGACACAAUUAUUUUUGAAUGGUUUUGGCACUAACAAAUUACCAGAGGGAUACAUGGAAGGAGAUGAGUAUGGUCCGAAAACAAAGAAACAAGAUUUUACCGCUUUAUUCACUUCAUUCUACAUUCUUAUAGUACUGGCUGUUUUAUGUGUUUUAACAUUUUUACUAACGAUUGUUUUCUUAGUGUGGUAUUGCAACCGAGACAAAUAUAAACCAGAGCUAAGUAGAAACCCAAAAUUAUGCACUUUAUUGCUAACUUCACUGCUUCUGUUGUCGCUCAUAUUAUUAGCGCUCUUCCUUUUCAGUACUUUCACAAACCUUUAUCAUCUGAAAAAAUUAUAUAAGAAGCCGAAGAAUGAUUCAAGUACCGAAGAUGCUGUGAUAAUGCAACGUAUAAUCGAAAUUCUUGACAACAAUUUUGAAAAUUUAAGAAAUGAUUCAAUGAAUGGAUGCAGGAAUUCUCCAUCUUUGACAGAUCUUUACCCUGAAACAACAAAAGCGAGGAAACUUUCAAUCGCCAACGGAGAAAUGUUCGAAGAUUUUAUAGAAACGUUUAUCGAACCAAUUUUCGACAAUACAUUAUUGUAUGAUGAUCUAUUUCGAUCGUUUUCACGAAAUUUUAGUGCCUUUCUUGCUGUAUCUAAAAAAGGAGGGCAGUAUAUUCUAAGUAAUAAUGCAAGUCAUUACAAUUAUGAAAUAUUCUCAUUAGACGAUUGGGAAGGACUAUAUAAUUCAAUAAUAGCAAUCAAGGACUUAAUGAAUUUUUAUAAAGAUUCCGCGUCUUCAGAAUUACGAAGGUCACGAGUCUGCUAUCAAGUUAGUGAAUACUUUAAUAAAUUAGCUUCUUAUGCUAGAGGGCAGCAAGUUUAUCUUGCAGAAAAGUUGAAAUCACAUUCGCUGAGUGAGGAUCCACUGAUCGCGCCUCCAUACAAAUUCGCUCACGUCGCGUGCAUUAUGGCGAUUGUGGUCCUUGUGAUGUUUUUCUUACUUGUGAUGUGCUCAUUGUGUACAAAAGGGAAUGUUAUGAUCAAAGCUCUUUUAUUUGUUUAUAUAAUCCUCACCCUGCUUUUAAUACUGAUGGCGUUUGUUACAUUUUACCAUUUCUUUUAUGGGAUUAUUGAAUAUAAUGGAUUCUGUCAUAAAAUGGAAGAAUCGGCUGAGAAACAAAAUUUCAAUCACGUAAUGUUAACAGAUUGCACCAACGAUCAGAAUUUCUAUACAUUAUUGUUGGAAAAUAAUUUGAUUCCCCCCUUUUCCAAGUGGAUAGAUUUAAAUACAGCGAAAAUACAGGAAAUCUGCGAAGACACUUGCCGACCCCUGAACAUGACGAUCCUCCAGAGGUUACGACCAGAAGUUGAGAAAUUGCCGAAAAAAAAUCACUUUUGUAAAUUUAAGUCUAUCACAUCAACCUGGCUGACACCUAUACGCUUAGCACAUGUCAUAUAUAAUUCGAGAUUCUUAACAGACGAUUGGAUUAUAAAAAUUAAUGAAACUUAUUAUCACGAUCGUGUAAAAUUUUCGAAUUGCAAUUUGAAUAUGGCAGUUAAAGCAAGCAAAUUUAACCCAACAGUCAGCAAAAUGGAAUUUUGGAAAUGCCGAGCAGCCUACAUAGUUGGUAGAGACUUUGCAGUAUCUAUUCCGUCCAUCUAUGGCGAAGUGAAAGAUAUGUGUAAAACUACUUACGAAAAAUGUGUAUACUACAACAUUCACGAUGUACCAAUAAUAAUUACUAACGUAAAUAAUUAUAAAACAAAUGUUGAACGCAGUCUUAAAAAUGCGCUAGGAUCAUGUGCAACUAUACUGGACAUGAUUAAAGCAAAACAAAACAAAUCUUGUAAUUGCGAGACGUAUAUAUUGAAUGGUGUCUGGAUUGGUGGUUUACUGUUCGUAAUAACUUUGUUUCUGGCCCUACUUUUGCUGGCCGGCUUUAUAUUUAAACUUGUAAUAUGUAGAGAUCAUCGGGACGAAAGACACGGAGGAAGGAGUAGGGAUGAUGACUCUGCAGAAUCAAUACUACUGCCGCCGAUAACAUUACCAAGACGUGUAAUCGAUACACUAGAGAAUGAUGAAAAUCCUCGCGUUACCUAUCACAUAAAGAAACUUAAUUAAUUAGAGGGCCUGGGCUCUACUGGAUUCGUCUUACAUGUCAAAAAUUUUAUUCAAAUUAUGAAUAAGGCAAUGAACGUGAUUAUAAAUGGAAAACAGAGAAACUGAAAAAUGUUUAAAUUUACUUUUAAGAAUGCUUGUAUGUUAUAAAAAAUAUACACUCACUAUGUUUUUAACGAUAGAUCGUAGGAGCAUGUCCAAUAAAUAUACAUUUUUAACACUA